ACCAGUUCAGUUGCUGGAACAAAGUCGGCCUAAAGAGUUGUGAGAGGUAGGACUCCCCGCAUCUAUCGGCGUUACAAGAAAAAUGGCUCUUGUUCUCAAUAAGAAGUACAAACUGGCAUCCAGUGAGAAUUUUGAUGAAGUCAUGAAGGCUUUAGGUGUGGGGCUUGUUGUCCGCAAGGUAGGAAACUCUGUGAGUCCUGUAAUUGAGCUGACACAGAAUGGCGACGAAUACACAAUCACAUCACAAUCCACAUUCAAGAACACUACAACCACUUUCAAGCUGGGACAAGAAUUUGAAGAGGAGACAGCAGAUGGCCGUAAAGUGAAGUCCGUCGUUACCCAGGAUGGUAACAAACUGAUCCAAGUGCAAAAGGGAGAGAAGGAAACCACCAUUAUUAGAGAAUUCAAUGAUGAUGAAGUGAAAAUGACCCUGACUGUAGAUGACAUUGUGUCCACAAGAAUCUACAAGGCUAUAUAAGACUAAAGUGGGGAGAAAACAGAUGCUGAAGUCAUCCAUUACAAGUCUCAAAGAAUGCCAAGUUUUUAUCUCGCUUUGUAAGAUGGAAGUACCUUAUCUCCUAUUAUAUAAGACUGGACGACUUAUUUGUAUAAAUUAUAGUUUGUGUGAUUAGCGGUUUCCUAACGAGUUAUGAUUGUUCGUAUUCUCACUUUACAUAUGGCUUCUUAAUUUUUUAUAACUAAUUUGUAAUUUUUCAUAUUGUAGUAUUGAUCAAAGUGCAACUGCAUAACCUUUCAAGAUUAAUUUUGUUUGUUAAAUUUUGUACGUUGUUUUUUCAUGUGGAAGGAUCAAUGGUGUUCAAAUUUUCUUCUAAUGCUGAUGCAGGGUGUGAAGUUUUUGUAAUGUUGGUCUUGAUGGUAAAAUGUAUAAAUAUGCAAUAAUCACGCUGACAAAAACAUUUUACAUUGAAAUUGAAAGCAGUCUAGCUGCUAUUAAAAAAAUGUAUUUUUAUAUUUAUUUGGAUGCUGAUAUUUCAAAGAGAAAAAGUAGUUCACAUUAUUAUUAUGUGAUGUUAGUAUUCUGAUUCCACAAUUUUUUGAAGCGUGAAUGAUAUCAUU